AUCCCGGUGAUAGCACCCCAACACAACCUCACCGAAUACUUCAACAGAAAAGGAUGGCAUUCCGUCAUCCUUCAGGCAGUGUGUGAUCAUCAGUCCAGGUUCACUCACAUCAACGUGGGAUAUCCAGGGAGUGUUCAUGACUGCAGGGUGUUGCAGAACUCUGACCUUUACAGAAGAGGCGAGGGGGGAACUCUCUUCCCACAAUACACUGAAGUCAUUCAUGGCAAAGCAGUGCCCAUCAUGCUCCUCGGUGAUCCAGCCUAUCCUCUGUGUAACUGGAUCAUGAAGGGAUACCCAGAGGGUGGGCUGUCAGAGGACCAACGCCACUUCAAUUAUUGCCUAAGCAGAGCCCGAAUGGUGAUUGAGUGUUCAUUUGGAAGACUUAAGAGCAGAUGGCGUUGCUUGAGCAAGUGGCUGGAUGUGGACAUCAUGAAUGUGCCUUAUGUUAUCACAGCUUGCUGUGUUCUACACAACAUGUGUGAAGUCCAAGGGGAUGUUUGUGAAGACCAGGAUGUCUUUGAGGACAACCAGGAGGAUGCACCAGAACCAAUGACAGAGUCCAAUGACAACACUGACAACCUCGUCGGGCCACGGAGAGUGAGGGAAGCAGUUACACGCUAUUUCUGUGAAGUGUCUAACUAAGGUUACACCUGUUUUUUUACUUUGUCUUCAUUAAAGUGCAACUUAAACAUUCAAAGUGCAUUCACAGUUAACUUCCUGUUGUUCAUUUGCUGUAAAAAACCUUUUUUCCUGUAAACAAAAUGUGACAUUUACGUAAUAAAA